UAUGACAUAAGGCAGUGUCAACACUGUAGCUCGCAAUAUUUGAGCAAUAUCGGCUUAGGAAAGUUUAUUUGACAGCACUGUCGCGGGUCAUUAGACCACCCUCCCCUCUCUCCCCUGCGGAUUUAAUCGUAUUGCAGGAAGUCCCUCACAUCCUCUCCUCCUGCCCUGUGAAUGUGUGUCUUUCAUUGUCGGUAUAUUAUGAAGAUCUUCCCAUAAGGAGCCGGGCACCAUGAACAUCUACCGAAGCGCGGAGAGCUGGUGCCUUGUGAGCGGACUUGGCGCUUUUGCGCUCCUGAUAGUGGGACUGACCGCUGACAGCUCACCUCUACACUCACCCGACGAGAGGCGAUUGAAAAGUUGGUUCACCAAACUCGAACACUACCGUAUCAUUGUACCACUACUGCUGGAAGGAACAGAACAGCGAUCAAUCAGCUGGCUCCACUCCAGGACUCCUCCCGCUUCACUGCGCAUCCUGAUCCAAACAGAAGAACAGCAGAUGAUUUUGUCUGUGGAGAAAAACCAUGGCCUCUUUGCCAGCCACUACACUGAGACACACUACAGGGAGGAUGGGCAAACUGUUUCAAGCACUCACAACUCUACGAUGAAUUGCUAUUACCAUGGUGAGGUCCAAGGGCAAGCCCAUUCUGAUGUCAGCCUUAGUACUUGCUCUGGUAUCAGAGGGUUCAUCUCACUUGAAAAUAAAAGACUGAUGGUGGAGCCAGCUUUCGAGCCAGCAAAUGAUACACAUGUGAUCUAUGAUGAACACCUACAUUUCCCCUCUGGAACCUGUGGACAUGGACAUAAUAUAUCUACAGUCAGCCAUGCCAAUGCUGGAGAACUGCAACAAUUAUUCAGCACAAGGCAUAAACGAGAUGUUCAGAAGACCACCAAAUAUGUGGAGCUCAUCAUUAUAGCAGACAACAGAGAGUUUCAGAAACAAGGAAAAGAUGUGGAGAAAGUCAAGCAGAGACUAGCUGAGAUCGCCAACUACGUGGACAAGUUUUACAGGGUGCUGAAUAUUCGUGUAGCUCUGGUGGGACUGGAGGUUUGGAGUGAUGCUGAUAAGUGUGCCAUCACCCAAGACCCCUUCACAACACUCCAUGAGUUUUUGGACUGGAGAAAACUUCGACUGCUUCCACAGCAGCCACAUGAUAAUGCCCAACUUAUUAGUGGGGUAUACUUUCAGGGCACCACAAUAGGCAUGGCUCCCAUUAUGAGCAUGUGUACGGCGGAGCAGUCGGGAGGUAUUGUCAUGGAUCAUUCGGACAAUCCUCUGGGAGCUGCUGUGACUUUGGCCCAUGAGCUGGGCCACAACUUUGGAAUGAACCAUGACACACCAGAGCGGGGGUGUGGCUGUGGAAUGACUGUUGAUCGUGGUGGCUGCAUCAUGUCUCCCUCUACAGGGUACCCCUUCCCCACAGUGUUCAGUACCUGUAGUAAGAAGGAUCUGGUGAUGAGUCUGGAGAAGGGGGUGGGCAUGUGUUUGUAUAAUAUGCCUGAAGUCAAAAUGCUCUACGGUGGACAGAAAUGUGGCAACGGAUACAUCGAGGAAGGAGAAGAGUGUGACUGUGGAGAGCCAGAGGAGUGUAUGAACCCUUGCUGUAACGCUACAACCUGCACUCUCAAGGGAGAUGCUGUGUGCGCCCAUGGACAGUGCUGUGAAGACUGCCAGUUAAAACCAGCAGGGACCCCUUGUAGAGAGGCCAGUAACUCAUGUGACUUGCCCGAGUUCUGUACAGGUACCAACCCCCACUGCCCUGCCAAUGUGUACUUGCACGAUGGGCAUGCAUGCCACAAUAUGGAUGGUUACUGCUACAAUGGCAUCUGCCAGACCCACGAGCAGCAAUGCAUCACCCUAUGGGGACCAGGAGCGAAACCUGCCCCAGGGAUCUGUUUUGAAAGGGUGAACUCUGCAGGCGAUCCCUAUGGGAAUUGUGGAAAAGACGCCAAAGGUUCCUUUGCUAAAUGCGAAGCAAGGGAUGCUAAGUGUGGAAAAAUUCAGUGCCAAGGUGGUGCCAACAGGCCAGUGAUUGGGACCAAUGCUGUUUCCAUAGAGACAAAUAUACCUCUGCAAGAGGGUGGGCGUAUUCUGUGCCGCGGAACACACGUGUACCUGGGUGACGAUAUGCCCGAUCCAGGACUGGUGUUGGCAGGGACUAAGUGUGCUGAGGGCAUGAUCUGUUUGAACAGGCAGUGUCAGAAUGUCAGUGUGUUUGGAGUGCACGUGUGCUCUGCGAAGUGUAAUGGAAAAGGGGAAUGCAACAACAAGAAGAACUGCCACUGUGAAGCUCUCUGGGCACCUCCAUUCUGUGAUAGGGCAGGGUUUGGUGGCAGUGUGGACAGUGGACCAAUGAGACUGGCCGCUGACAGCAGCGCUGUGGCCGUGGGCGCGCUGGUCACCCUCCUUUGCUUGCUGUCGGUUGGGCUGAUUUUGUGCCUGAGAAGGAAGGCGCUGGUUCAGAUGCUUUGCAUCAAUAAGAAGAGUGCGAUUCAGAAGCUCAGAUCAGUUGGGCGAAAGAGAGUACCCAACUCCCCGCAGACACAGUCUGUUUUCAGGGUCUCACCUCAGCGCAAGCCCCCCACCUUACCUCUACACUCCAGAUGUGAUAAGUCAACUCAUCCUAGUUCAGAGACUCUCCUCCCUCCGCACAACUUCCACAAUUUGUGUUGGUUACCUGAAUGUCCUACUAGGUGCCAGCCAGUCCACAUCACCCACCCCAUGCCCAUUAUACUGGGGGAUGGCAUGACCAAAGGCUUGCAGUCCAUGCCCACUGUCCCUCCUCACAGGACUCUGCUCUCACACACAGACUCACCAGUCAGAGCGACAAGCUUCCACACACUUCCUCGCCAGCUGCCGUACAUAAAAAAACAGGACCAUGAUAUGCCCAGUCCUCCACAGAAGCCACUUCCUGCGGACCCCUUGAUCAGAGGCCAUGGUGUGGGUCGCAGCAUGUCCACAGAGGGAGUUCGGAUACCGGGCCCUUGUCCUCUACCCGUCCCGACUCCAACAGUGCCACGACCACCCCCUUCUGUACCACUCCCAAACAGACCACUUCCCAGAUUACCACAGUCAUGUUAUGAUCACUGACAUAUGGACACCACAACACUGAAGGUGAAUUUCACCAGCAGCUGAACACACUUGUUUGCACUAUAAAAAAAAACUUUAUUGGACCAAGUGACCACCCCUGCAGAACUCCAUGGAGUUUCUUACAGAGAAGAGGACUGACAUGACACCUUGGUGCUGUGCCCCCUCAGAAAAGGUGUUUAUUUGUCCUCGCUCAAGUACUGCAGAACUAUUCAAAAUGUAUGUUUAUUGUGAGGAGACAACGAUGUACUGUGGUGGACAAUUUUUUACUGUAUGGUCAUUGUGAAUUUUUUUUUAUAUAUAUAUAUAUAUACACAUACACACACACUUUAAAAUAUUGUUGAUUACAAAAUAAGGAAUGCUUUCAUUUUUUAUGCUGUAUCCUCUACUACAAUAUAUCUGCUAAGUCUGUGGAAAGAAGUAUGUUGGUGUGGUGAAGAUUUAAAAAAGACCUUUUAAAAAUGACAGCCUGUCUGGUAUACUGGAGUAUGAGACAACAUGAGAUUUGAAUGACUAAACUAUGGGAGAUCCUUGGAACUGGAUCAGCCACAAAGUACAAAAAUCUUGCCAUAAAGGAUGAGCAUUAUUGUUCACUCAUAGUUCAGUCAUUUGUGUUGUACUCUGUUAUAGUAUGUUAGUGACAGUCAUGCUACCGGACACCGACAGACCAACUUUUCUUGUUAAUAUUUAUGGUCCAAACACGUAAAAGUCACAACAUCGGGUUGUGGUCAAACAUCUACUGGUGACAUCACACCUAAUAGUGCUAGAAAUCACCAUUCAGUAUUCUACUUUGAGCCUUCAGUCUACAACAGUUUUCAUGCCGGUGUCAUUAAGGCCUUAUAGUUCUGCAUUCACACUUGAAAGACCCCAUGAAUUAAGAAGAAUAUUUUGUCCAAGUGUACUCCUAAACAUUUACAUAAAAUUUAAUGGAUAUAAACAUUCAGUAUUUUCACCUGGAAAAAUGAACUGAAAAAUCCUAAUGACUCAUCUUGCACUACAGAUUUUUGUCCAAUAAAAUGCUCCCUAGAACAAGAAUGUCCCUUCUCCUGCACCCAAACAGCAACUUUGCUUAAAUACAUCAGAAAACUGCACCAAGGUCUCUUUCGAGGCGAGUCAGCCUACUUGGUGGCCAUAUUUGGAACACUUCCGGGCAGGCUGGGCAGCUAUUUUCAAUGAAAACAAAUGGCAAAAAAGUACUGGUACAGGUAUUUUUCAGACUAGCUCAACUAAAGCGCAUUCUCGAGUUGACUGACUGUUGAUGUCUGUACCUAAAGGGUGAUUGGCUCUUUUACCAGUAAGGCAGAACUUCCUUUUUUACUUUCGUUGGCCAUUCUAAUUUCUCCCAUUCAUUAGCAGUGGUCCGUCUCUGCUAAACUGUCUCUUGACUGCACUCAUUUCAUGAGGUCUUCAAAGUGAUGUUAUGUGAACAUUCUGCCAAUACUUUAGGCAAUAGAUGUUGAAUAUUCUGCACUGUUUUUCCUUGUAGAUUUUCUUGUUAUAUUUUAUGUAAAAGUAUUCUCUUUAGCCAUAUCCAGUGCCCAACCUUUUUAUUAUUUAUAUAAUGUUUGAAACCAAAAUAACUUUGAUUUGGAUUUGGUAUGAGGACAUAGUAAAUAACAUUGCUGGUGUGUCAUCACAGCUAUAGCAUUUUUACACAAGUGGUCACUCCAUAGCCAAAACACAGCUUUCUUAAUGCACAGAUGGACUCACUGUUAUUCAUAAACUCACUGGACUAUUGUUCUGCCUGGUGCUUUACCCUGAGGGGGAAAUCUCACUUCAGGUUUUCCAAAUACGGUUAUGAUUAAUUUUCCAGCGCUGUUGCUUUGGGAGUGUAAUGUGCCCAGCUGUCACACAGUAACUUGUUUAAGCAAAGCCCAUGUGUGCUUGUGUUGUUUUUGUUUGCCUAGUCACAACAAUUUAACUUUUUCAUAUACACACAUGCUGAUGUAUUGUAUGCUCAAAACUGUUUGUAAUAUUUUGACAGA